UUUUUUUAACUCUCAAGUGCCAAGCCGAUAAUUGUUCUUAUUUCAAGUUUUCGCAGUCUGAAAUCAACCACUGCUUCCCUUCUCAUCCCGGCUCAGGUUUACUGGAAUUAAAUAGAGAAGUGAAAUGGCUGCCCAUAAAAUAGCUCAUGCUACCUUGAAAGGACCAAGUGUUGUGAAGGAGAUAAUUAUAGGUAUCACACUUGGUUUGGCUGCUGGUGGUUUGUGGAAGAUGCAUCAUUGGAAUGAGCAAAGGAAAACAAGGGCAUUUUAUGACUUGCUUGAGAAAGGCGAGAUUAGUGUUGUCGCUGCAGAGGAAUAGGAAUUCGAUUGUUUCUAUUCUGAUUUGUUAAACAAUUUCUGCAGUAUUGAUGAUUUUUGCUGCUUCUAUUUGGCUCUUAGGUAUAAGAUGAGCAAACCUUGGUCUGGGUUUCUAAAUAAUAAACCAGUUGUGUUUGAGAUGAUCUGAUAUCUUCUUUAAAUGUCAGUAUUGAUGAUUUUUGCUGCUUCUAUUUGGGUCUUAGAUGUAAGAUGAGAAAAAUUGGUCUGGGUUUCUAAAUAAUAAACCAAUUGUAUUUGAGAUGAUCUGUUAUCUUCUUUAAAUGUCAUGAAGCUUGUUGCAA